AUGGCCCAGCCCAAAGUCCUCAUUUGCGGCGCUGGCAUUGCCGGCCAAGCCCUUGCAUUCUGGCUCUCAAAAUCCCACUUCAACGUCACAGUCAUUGAGCGCUUCCCUGUUCUCCGCUCCACGGGCCUUCAACUUGACCUUCGCGGACUUGGCAUUGAGGUCAUGAAGCGCAUGGGCCUAGAGGAGGCAUUCCGGGCAAAAUCCGUCAGAGAACAAGGCUUGGAGAUUGUCGACACUUAUGACAAGCGAUGGGCGUAUUUCCCGGCGAACAAGAGUGGUAAAGGACUCCAGGGAUUCACCACCGACUUCGAGAUUAUGCGAAAAGACCUUUGCGAGAUUCUGCAUGAAGCAACCAAGAACCGAGUGAAGUACACAUUUGGAACCACUAUUGAAAGCUUCACACAGCAUGACGACGUCGUCGAUGUCACCUUUUCAGACGGAGAGAAAGAUCAAUUCGAUAUCGUUGUCGGUACCGAUGGCCAGGCGUCGCGCACUCGAAAGGCCAUGCUCGGGUCUGACGCUGAAGAUCCUACUCUCUACCUGGGCGCCUACAUCGCCUACUUUACCAUCCCUCAACCAGCCGAAAAGGGGAAAGACUACAAUGCCCGGUUCUACCUCGCGACUGAAAAGCGGUUCAUCUUUACUAGACGCAACGAGGAUUCCAGAGUCCAGAUAUACAUGGCUUGCAAGACCGACGCAGAGUGGAUGAAGGAUAUCCGUAAGGGUGACACUGAGAGGGAGAAGCAAGCUUUUCUGGAAAUUUUCAAGAGGGCCGGAUGGGAAACGGAUGCCAUACUCAAAGAGAUGAUGGAAACAGAUGACUUUUACUGCGAACGCCUCGGCGUUGUUCAGCUGGAUGCCUGGUCCGAUGGCCGAGUGGCUCUUGUAGGCGACGCUGCCUUUUGCCCGUCAGCAUCUACAGGUAUGGGAACAACAUCCAGCAUGGUAGGAGCCUAUGUCCUGGCUGGCGAACUCGAGAAGCAUUGCCGCGAAUCUGGAAAGGAUGGUAUCCCAACGGCACUCAAGGCUUAUGACGAAACGUUCCGUCCUUUCAUGAAUCAGGUCCAGCGUGGCUUGACCCAAGGAGACUCUUUUUGGGGGAGACUGCCGACCUCGUCGUUUGGCGUUACUGUUGCCAGCGUCUUCAUGUGGUUGGCCAUGUUGUUGAGGUUAGAUGUCAUUGGUAAAAUCACGUGCCAAAAGUCUGACAACACCCACUCUGACCCCGCUUCACGACGCAACUUCACGACACAGGCUUCAAUUUCAACACGAGAAUAA